AUGAGGAAAUGGCCACCACGAGCAAUAGAAUCAACCGUUGGUGAAGUUUCGGAAGUAAUCGAUCUAGUCAAUUCUAUGGGGUUGAUAGCUGCGGUCGAGAAUUUUGACCUUGGUUACGACAAACCUCUUUGUUCCGCCUUUGCCGAGAGAUGUUACGGGGAAACAGAUACCUUGCAUCUUACGUUUGGAGAACUGACGGUAACUCCAAAUGAUGCGAAGUUCAUUACCGGGUUAAGCAUAGAAGGUAAAGCCAUGAAUUACAAAGGUUACGCGCAAGAGCUUGAGUGGGAAAAUAUUUACACGUUCACCAAGGAUGUGUUCCAAUGGGAUGAGGAGAGGACCAAGUCAGAGAUGUUGGUAGGCAAGUCAAAGCAGAGGAUAUUUCAUCUUUCGAAGCUGAGAUACAACUUCAUGGGAAAAAAGAAGCUUCGUGCUGAUGGAAAAGAGGUGACGCCGGAACGUAUCAUCGCCACAGCCAAUGCGUAUGUCCUCUACCUCCUGGGAGAUGUUAUCUUCCCCGAUGUUUCCGCUGCCCGUGUGAGCACCAACUUUAUCCAGUUGUUACAACCAUUUGACAAGAUUCACAAAUACUCUUGGGGCACUGCCAUCCUUGCACAUUCGUUGAACGAGUUGAGAAAGGCUUCUAGGGCUCAAAGGAACCAAAUCGGAGGGAAUAUGGCUUUUUUGCAGGCGUGGAUAUAUAUGCACUUCCCAAUAUUUUCUCAAAGGUCUUUUGAGAACAAGGAAUGGGACCACAGGUAUUAUGGAGACAAGUACACCUACAUAAGUAAGCCGAGGAACCAAAAAAAGGAUUAUCUGAAGUUGAGACGCCAGUUGGACAACUUGACGACGAAAGUUGUUGUAUAUGAUCCUUACAAGGAGGAUUUAGCUAAAGUAAAAGGAAAGAAGAUUGUGUGCGAAGAGCAAAGUGAUUAUUUGGGGCCUUUGUUUCACCCAAGAGGAUAA